AUGGUCCCUCCGAGCACCCUCCUGCGCGCGUCGCGCCCCCUCUUCUUCCGCAGCGCCCCCCAGCCGCAGGCUUUCCGGGCCCAAGCCCAGCGCCUCAACCGGUUCCGCUUCCGCGACAGCGGCAAGAGGUGGCAGAGCACGGCCGAGGGGGCCCAGCAGCAGAGCUGGUUCAAGCGCGCGUGGGAGAGCGAGGUCGGCAUCAAGACUGUGCACUUUUGGGCACCCGUCAUGAAAUGGGCUCUCGUCAUUGCCGGCAUCUCGGAUUUCGCGCGCCCCGCGGAAAAGCUCUCGUUUACCCAGAACUUUGCGCUCACCUGCACCGGGCUCAUCUGGACGCGGUGGUGCUUGAUUAUCAAGCCCAAGAACUACCUGCUCGCGGCCGUCAACUUCUUCCUCGGUCUGGUCGGCAUCGUCCAAGUCUCCCGGAUCGCCAUGUACGAGUCGGCCAAGAAGAAGGGCGUUGCUGGCGUGGUGCAAGAAGCCAAGGACAAGGUGGACGAGGUCAAAGCUGGCAAAGCUUAG